AUAAACAGAAAACUCGGAUUUCACUUGCCUUUUGUUACAUAUUUUAUGUAACCUUAUGAUAAAAAAAGAUAUGUUAUAUUAUAGCCUGCUAGUCACUGGCACUGUAGUAUAAUGGGUUAGGAAUUGGGCUUGUAACCUAAAGAUCAUUGGUCCGAAUCCCGGUUUGGACACUGCCGUGGUUGUACCCUUGAGCAAGGCUAAUACAAGGGCUACGGAUCCCAGCUGUCCAGCUGCACACAACUGGGUCAGUGAUGGGGGUGACUAUGGAAGACUUCAACCAUGCCAAGGCCCAGCUCGGUGCAUUGAAAAAGGACCCAGGCAAUGAGGUCAAGUUGAAGAUAUAUGCCCUCUUCAAACAGGCUACUCAGGGUCCUUGUAAUACCCCCAAGCCAGGCAUGCUGGACUUUGUCAACAAGGCCAAGUGGGAUGCAUGGAAGUCCCUAGGCAACGUGUCACAGGAUGAGGCCAAACAGGACUACAUCAAUCUGAUCUCUUCACUCGUGGCGGCUGAGGGGCCUGCCCAAGUUGCAGCAAAGCCUGCUGGGAGCGCUGCUGCAUUUGAGACUCUACUGGUGACUACAGAGGACAACAUUACCACCAUCCGCCUCAACCGACCCACAAAAAAGAAUGCCAUCACAGUAGAGAUGUACAAUGAGAUUGUCAAGGCUCUGGAGCUUGCAGGAAAAGAUGACUCUGUCAUCACUGUGCUCACUGGUAAUGGAGAUUUUUACUGCAGCGGCAACGAUUUGAAUAACUUCACGAAUAUUCCGGAAGGUGGAAUUGAAAAGAUGGCAAAAGACUCUGGAGAGUUGCUUAGGGGGUUUGUGAAAGCCUUCAUUGACUUCCCGAAACCUUUGAUUGGUGUCAUCAAUGGACCAGCCGUUGGAGUGUCAGUCACACUCCUUGGACUCUUCGAUGUGGUCUAUGCAACAGAGCGGGCGACGUUCCACACACCCUUCAGCCAGCUGGGACAAAGCCCCGAGGGCUGCUCCUCCUACACCUUCCCUAAAAUGAUGGGCGCAGCCAAGGCCAGUGAGAUGCUGCUUUUCAAUAAGAAGCUGACUGCCGCAGAGGCGUGUGAGCGUGGCCUGGUCACGGAGGUCUUCCCUGACAGCAGCUUCCAGACUGAAGUGUGGACCAGACUCAAGGCCUACGCCCAGCUGCCUCCAAACUCUUUGGCACUGUCCAAGCAGCUUAUACGCAUGGUGGAAAAGGAACGACUCCAUGCGGUCAACGACCAGGAGGUGGAGCGGCUGGUGGAGCGCUGGCUGUCUGACGAGUGCAUGAACGCCAUCAUGAGCUUUUUCCAGUCCAAAGCCAGGCUGUGAGACCAGGCCCCAGCCCAAGGAGCCACGCCCAGAGUGUUCAACACCCUCAACCGUCCCUUAGACUUUACAGCACAGAUGUGUGCUCUUUGCCAGUUGACGGUACUAACCGAGAGGGAACUUAAUAUCAAAUGCAGAGGUUUUUAAAUUUAAAAAAAAAAAUGCCUUAAUAUGAAGUUUGCAUCCACCUUUAUGCGCUGUACCCAUAAUUCUAGGAGUACCAGAGAUCAUUCAUAAUUCCAUGCUACAUAACCUUGUAUGUUACAGUAGGUUCCAUAUUCUAUAAGUGGAGGAAACUGCAAGUGCAAGAACUAGGGUGAGCAAAUGAGAAGGGAAUAGAAUCUGGACCACAUGAGAUGGAGAUGGCAAUAGUGGACUGUGCUGUGGGGUUGUUUUGGGGGGGAGGGUUAAGUUGAAGUUGUGAAUCGACGAGGGGUGAGGGGGUUCUUGGGGAGAAGAUGUCAUGAGGAAAACACAGAAGUCCUGGUGGCUUGUUUCAAGCACUGUAUUGGGUAAAUGAUUACAUUCAGAAGGCAAAUGCUGUAGAUAAGCACUGAAGACAUCCUCAUAUUUUCAUACUUAAUCAAGAAUUGCCUUUAAAAAGUGUUUCAGAUACUGUAACUAAUAACUGUCCAACUCCAUAUUUGGCAGACAAUAAAGUUGGGACUUUGAAUAGACUCAUGCAGUAAAGCUUGAGUAGGAACCCUUGGAACCUCCAUCAGAUAUUAAUAAGCUGCUGUUUUUGAUCUUUGUUGUCAAACCUUGUGAAGUCACUUGCUGUUAAAGACUGCGUCUACUUAAAUAAUGUUUGUAAAGAUGGUAACAGUAAAAAGAUGAAUUUCUGAUCAGAGAAGAAUUAUUUGCUACUUUUAUAAUAAGCUGCUUCAUCUAAGGUGACAAAGAAUUGAAAACUUUUUUUUGGAUGUGCAAUGUUUUGUCAUGCCACACAUUUGCUUAUUUAGAUCGUUCAUAGGUCAAUUCAUAAUCUACUUCUGGUAAUUGUAAUGCAUAGUAAUGUUUUUUGAGUGAUACCAGAUGACACUAAAGUCGGUACAGGUAGAACAGUAGUUACCUUAAGCCAACUGUGAUGUCCUGUUUUUGCUACAAUAACAUGGACUGUUAAGUGCGCAGGUUCACUCUCAACUUACAAAGUAGCCUUGUUACCCCAGAACAAAGAGAAGUACAUCAAGUAAUUGGGUGGCUAACUUCUGGAAGAAAUUGGUGGAACUGUGCUUUGUGUGUCAGGGGACAGUCCUAGUCUUUACUUUAUUCAUAUUAAUCUGGUGGAAUUAUUUUUUUUUUUUGUCUGGAGUUUCUUUGCUGAGCUGUUAACAUCUCUUACAUUUGCUUCUUUGUUGUUCACUCAUGGUCGUAUCGUAAUAAACAUGGUUUCACUGAAACUUGCAGGUUCAGAAUCAG